CUACAAAAUGAUCGAAAAGUCGCGUGCUUCUCCAGUAGUAGAUUCUCCUGUACCUAAAUACCCAUAAGUUGACUGAUCUACCAUUUCGACCAAUCCUGAACUAAGAUCGGCUCACCUCAAAACAUUCAAUAUGGCAUCGACAGAACAACUCCACAUCUCAAACCUUUUCUCACUCAAAGGCCAUGUCUGUCUCGUAACUGGCGGAGGAACGGGCAUUGGCCUUAUGGCCACUCAAGCCCUUGCAGCGAAUGGAGCCAAAGUGUACAUCACAGGUCGACGAAAGGAAGUUCUCGAAAACACUGCCAAAACUCACGGCCCGCAAGACUCAGACAACUCACUCCAGGGCGAGAUCAUUCCAAUCGGACCCUGCGACGUUACCAAGAAAGAAGACCUCGAAUCACUGACCAAGGAAAUCGAGUCCAAGGAGAAGUACCUCUCACUAGUCGUUGCCGCAGCAGGUGUUUCUGGUCCCAAAGGAUUCCCCGACACUGGCGAUGCCCAACAAAUGAAGGAGAACCUGUGGAAGGAGGAAGUCGACGAGUGGAACUCGACGUACAAAACGAACGUGACGAGCGUCUUCUUCAGCGUGGUCACGUUUCUGCCGCUCCUGCAGCGCGCCCCAGAGAAACUCAGUUCCAGCGUGAUCGUCAUCUCCAGCAUGUCCGGCAUGAUGCGUCACUCACAGUCACACUUCUCUUACAACGCCUCCAAGGCCGCGACAGUACAUCUGACACGCAUGAUGAGUAAGGAAUUCGCCAAAACUGGGAUCAGAGUCAACAGUAUCGCGCCGGGCUAUUUCCCGUCCGAAAUGACCAUGAAGGAGUCAGAUGAAACCAACAAAGUUGAGAUGCCAGACGAGAAGGUCAAGGAUAAAGGUCACGAAGUGCCUGCUGGACGAUCCGGGACUGAUGAAGAAAUGGCCAUGGGUGUCAUCUUCCUUGCAAGAUGCGGUUACAUCAAUGGUGAGAUCGUGAAGCUGGAUGGUGGCGUCCUGAAUGAAGUGGGCAGUUAAGCGAGAGCCAUAGAAGGUUCAUAGUCAACCCUGGACGGCAGAAGGUAUGCUAGAUCAAGCGAGACUGAAAGCGUCUCCAGAGAUUGAGUGAGUCGCAGAGCAAGUCAAAGCAUACAAACGGGAUGCUCACGUAGAUGGCCAUUGAGUCGAUUGCCAGUGAUACUGUCAGUUCAAUGGGUGCUCUACGACACUGCAACAGCGAUUACAAAACAAA